GAACACUCAACCACGCUUCCAACGCCUCCCGGUUGUUCCUAGUCAUUUCUCCCUAGUGACUCCGUGCCUCUCCUAUCUGAAGGUGUGAUGCCAUCGCCUCUAGCCCUGUAUCGCUACACCCAUGGCAAGCUGUCACCCUCGGUGGACUCGCGGCCCUGCAGCAGCCCCUUGGUGCUUCCCAGGAAGGCAAGGAAGCUGUUACUGGGGGCCACUUCUCCUCGGGCCCCGCGGCUGCCACGCCGGCAGGCCUGGUGCUCCAUCGACUGGGAACAGGUAUGCCUGCUGUACAAGCUGGGCUCCGGAGGGUUUGGGUCGGUGUACAAAGCCACCUACCAUGGUGUUCCCGUGGCCAUAAAGCAAGUGAACAAGUACACCAAGAACCUACGUGCAUCCCAGCAGAGUUUCUGGGCUGAACUCAACAUUGCAAGGCUGCGCCACGACAACAUAGUCGGGGUUGUGGCUGCCAGCACGCGCACGCCCAAAGGCUCCAACAGCCUGGGUACCAUAAUCAUGGAGUUUGGGGGCAAUGUCACUCUACACCAAGUCAUCUACGGUGCCACCAGCUCUCCAGGAACUCUAAGCUGCAGCAGAGAGCCACUGAGUUUGGGAAAGUGCCUUCAGUAUUCCCUAGAUAUUGUUCGCGGCCUGCUUUUUCUCCACUCACAAAGCAUUUUGCACUUGGACCUGAAACCAGCGAACAUUUUGAUCAGUGAGCAGGACAUCUGUAAGAUUGGCGACUUUGGCUGCUCCCAGAAGCUGCAAGAUCUGUGGUGCAGUCAGGCGCGCCCUCACCACAUAGGAGGCACCUACACUCACCAAGCUCCCGAGCUCCUGACAGGAGAGAGCGCCACGCCCAAAGCCGACAUCUACUCUUUCGGUAUCACCCUCUGGCAGAUGGCCACCAGGGAAGUGCCUUACUCAGGCGAGCCUCUGCAGGUGCUGUACGCCGUGGUGGCCUACAAGCUGCGCCCCUCGCUGGCGGGGGCGGUGUUCACUGCCUCCCCGACGGGGCAGACGCUGCAGAGCAUCCUCUGUAGCUGCUGGGAGGCCCGCGCCCUGCAGAGGCCCGGUGCAGAACUGCUCCUGAGGGACCUGAACGCCUUCCGAGCGGCACUGGGCUGA